CUGAGGAUGAAACCCCCGGGCGGUAUCUUCGUGUCGGUCUUUCUGUUCGGUGCAGAGCUGAUCGCAGCCUUGUGUCUGAGCACCACUUACAAAUCCAACGGAGACCAGAUCUGGCAGGGGCUGACACUGCUCUUCGCUCUGGUGCCGGCGGUGCUGGUCCAGCUCACUCUAACCUUCGUUCACAGGGACCUGAGUAAAGAUAGACCCCUGAUACUGUUCCUCCACCUCUUAUUGCUGGGACCGUUUGUCAGGGGUUUUGAAGCAUUCUGUAUCUACCUAAAGCAUGGUAAAGCUGAAGAGCCCUAUGUCAGCAUUAUCAGAAAGCAACAGAUGCCAAAAAAUGGCUACUCAGAAGAAAUCGAGAAGGAAGUGGGCCAAUCGGAAGGAAAAAUUUUCACACACAGAGCUGCUUUUAACCGGACUUCAGUGAUUCAGGCUUUUCUAGGCUCAGCCCCUCAACUGACUCUCCAACUGUACGUUAGUGUAAAACAGCAACAUGUAUCUCCUGCUCGAGGUGUACUGAUGGUCAUUUCCCUCCUCUCCAUUGUAUACGGAGCCUUGCGAUGCAAUAUUCUUGCCAUCAAGCUCAUGUACGACGAAUACGAUGUAAACGUGAAACCCGCUGCCUACAUCUGCAUAUUUCUGUGGAGAAGCUUCGAGAUUGCCACAAGAGUCGUUAUUUUGGUUCUUUUCAGCUCAGUCAUGCAGAUAUGGAUCCUUCCCGUUGUGCUUCUUAAUUUCUUUAUCUUCUUUUUAUUCCCGUGGAUACUCUUUUGGCACAGUAGAUCACCCUUUCCUGAGAAUAUAGAAAAAACAUUUACAAGAUUAGGUACAACAAUGGUAUUGUGUUGUCUCACAUUCCUUUUCGCUGGAAUCAACAUAUUCUGUUGGUCAGCAGUUCAGCUUAACCUAACUGAUCCUGAUUUGAUUAAUAAAUCCCACAAUUGGUACAUACCAGCUGUGUACUACUUAAUAAGAUUUAUUGAAAAUGCUGGUCUUGUAUUCUUCUGGUAUCUCUUCAAAACCGAUGUAUAUAAUUACAUUUGUGCCCCCUUGUUGGUCUUGCAGUUGUUUAUUGGAUACCUCAUUGCAAUUUUUUUUAUGCUUGUAUUUUACCAGUUUUGUCACCCAUGUAAAAAGCUUUUCACUUCCAGUAUCUCUAAAGAAUUAUUAACAUGUAUCCAUGUUAACUGCUCUGUAUGCAUAUGCUGCAAAUCCUCUAAACCUCCAGAAAAGGCUGUCUUGGACCAUGAGCAGGGUACUUAA